ACCCCAAAUGAACGUGUUCCUUCUUAACCUCAGUCUUCUCUAUCGACCAACUCUUCAAAUUCGGGAGCUUCGUUGAUUCUUGUUCGAUUUUCUUCAUCCUCUCCCUCUUUUUCCAUACUCAAGCUCGUAAGAGGCCACCAAGAGGAGCCGCGGGAGAAGUAGGUGUGUUAGUGAAAAGGGUGGAAAUGCCAUCUCUACAGACUGCUCUACCUCCUGAGCUUGCUAAUAAUGUCAUUAGGCUCUACCGCGAGUGCCUUCGAAGGGCCAAGUUUCUUGGUCAUCGGCAACAUAACACCGAGCUUAUUGUCGAUAUGGUGAGGCAACAAUUCAAAAAGAACAUGCAUGAGACUGACCCAGAGAAGAUUCAGAAGAUGAAAGAUGAUGCUGCUAGGGGACUUAUAAACCAUAUGCUAUACGAACAUGAGAGAAUGUCAGGUAAAAAAUUCAGCCAAAGUUCUUGAUGUUAUAUCGAAAAUGACGUUGAGUUAAAGUUCACCAUUGUAGCUUCAGACAUUGUAGCAAUAAGAUGACUAAUGAUGAAAGUACUCCUCGGAGGUUGUUUUUGCAUUUCCUUGUUUAUUUCUACGAUUUGUUCAAAGAGAUUGUCCAUUCUACAGUAGUUGAUUUCUACGAUUUUUUCGUAGAAAUCGUUCAUUCUACGGUAGUUGGUGAAUGUUUUUUGAUCUACAAUCUACAUUUUGUUUGCCUAAAGUGGAUGUUUAAGGAAGAUAUGACAUAUUGCUCAACUCUGAUGUCGGGUUCUCUUUUUUA